GGACGUGGGUAACGCUCUCCCGAUGACAGGAAUGAGAGCAAGAAUAACAAUGAUUCCCUUUUUAUUUACUUUAUUGUGCCUAGGGCCAGCCCUUGGACUUUAUGAAGACCAGAUAGGAAAGUUUGAUUGGGUCCAGCAGUACGUUGGUGUGGUAGAGAAUGCUGUCUUUGAGUCGAGUGUUCCAGCCCGAAGAAUUAUUGUCUCAACUGCACAGAAUGUUCUUGCUGCUUUAUCAUUAAAGAAUGGUGAAAUAGCUUGGCGUCAUGUGAUGGAGAGCUUUGACUAUGGCAGAGUGGAUUUCCUGGCCAGUGAGGGAACGCAGGUUACCACAGUAUCAGGGAACCUUAUACGCACCUGGGACUCUGUCACUGCAGCUCUUAUUGAAGAAAUUCAGCUUGAUUAUACGGCAGCAGCUGGAUCCAUGCAGCGUGCUGUUAGUCUGACAGACAGUGAGGUUAUUCUUGCAGAGUUUGUACCCAGUUCUCUUGUGGUUACAACACUGGAUCGCUCGUCUGGAGCAACUUUGGACCACAACACAGUAGCAGCACCAUGGUUGCAUGAGAAAACUAAAUGCACUUCAGUUGAAAAGACUAUCGUGUGUGUAGAGCUGUCUCUUGGCCUUGUGUUUACACUGCCAUUAAUGUUGGACUCCCCAACUUUUGCCCCACACCCCAUUGCAUCUCUGGACAUAGAUGUUCCUGCUGUCAAUGUUCCUGUGAUUGUGGAGAGAGUGAAUGGCUCUCCUGAUCAUGUGAUCAUUCAGGUUGGUGCCACUAGGAAACUGGUGCAUGUUCACAGCUCAGGACUUCACGUAGUUCGGGAUCUUACAGGGAGCAGAGCUUCUGCAAUAGCUGACUCUGUUCUGUAUACAAUCACUCAGACUGGAAGGUUGGUAACCAUUGAAGCAGUGGAACUUGAAACAGGCAAUGAACUGGGAGAUCAAGGGGUUGAGGUUGAGCUGCCAUUCCAGUCUGGCACUGUCCUUUCUCUUGUAGUCCACCGAUUUGAGCGACGCAGCGGUGGCAUAGCCCUGCGAGCAUUUGUCUCUUGCUCGGAUCAUGCUCUCCACCUCAUCAGUAAUGCAGGAGUCAUGUGGUCUCGGGAAGAAGCCCUGUCUACAGUGCUUGCUACUGAGGCUGUAGAUCUUCCAGCGGAUGGAAACAACAUCAAUUAUCACGAUCACUUGUCUCCUCAUGCAGGUUUGAUUGGAAGCUUUGUGCACCGGAUUAAGACCCAGUUCUCACAGAUCUCCCAUUGGUUCAGUACUCUUGUUGGGAGCACAGAUUCCUUCCAGGCAGUGAUGCAUACCCUUGAGCGAGACCAGUUGAAUCUGCGCAAGCUGCUGGUGGUGGUGACGAGCAGUGGCAAGAUUCUCGGAUUAGACAAUUGGAAUGGUGAUGUUGUAUGGAGCAUUUAUGCUGCACAGCUGGCUCCCCUUCAGGGCAACAAAAUCCUCCUGUACACUCAGCGCACCUCAGCUCACUUCCCACACCAUCCUCAGUGUGUUGUGGUUGGUAGGCACAGGGUGACAGGAGAAGGCAUGUUAGUUGUGUUCAACCCCAUAUCUGGCGUAGGCAUAGGUGACCGAGGUGGCAUCAUCCCCCUUGGCUACCAACUGACACAAACUCUCCUCAUGCAACAUACUGAUGAACAGUACCUGAAACCACUACUACUCGUGGACAAGGGUCUCACUCCUCGGAUCUUCCCAGCCACUGGAGAAUCGGUGAUCCUGGAACACAAAGACUCCAUCUUUUUGCACUUGGCCCAGCCUGGUAGUAAUGUUCUCACUGGAUACUCGCUUAGGUUCUCCACUCCAGGAGACCUGAAAUUGACUGAAGUCUGGACUGUGUCACUGGGAGGUGGACCAAUUACUGGGGUUUAUGGGAAACUUGCAUCAGAAAAGGUCCACUCUCCAGGAAGAGUUCUUGCUGACCGCUCAGUGCUGUACAAAUAUGUCAACCCUAAUUUAGCUGUGGUUACAACCCAAGGCUAUGAUCAUGUGACCAAAAACACAUUAACUGUAUAUUUAGUGGACACAGUGACUGGGGCAGUCAUAGAAUCUGUGUCACACAAAAAGGUGUCGGGUCCAAUCCAUGUUGUCCACUCAGAAAAUUGGGUUGUGUAUACAUACUUUAAUGACAAGUAUCGUCGCUCUGAGGUCACAUCACUUGAGCUGUAUGAGGGGCUGACUCAAGCCAAUGCCACUGCAUUCUCAUCUUUUGGAGGACGAGCCACUCCACCCAUCCUGGAGCGACAAGCUUUCAUCAUGCCUGUGGGGGUUCAAGCUACAGCACACACUACAACAGAGAAGGGAAUCACCACUAAGUUCAUUCUCUUUGCCUUGCAGUCUGGAGCAGUUUUACAGAUGUCUAAGUGGUUCCUUGAUCCUCGACGACCUGUAACAGGGGGCCAAAGGGAAGAGGGCCUGAUACCCUACAUGCCAGAGCUACGUCUGCCUCCCCAGGAAAUGAUCACCUACAACCACACACUCCCCAGGAUCUCUGCCAUUUACACUGCGCCCACAGGAUUGGAAUCUGCAUGUUUAGUGCUUGUUUAUGGUUUAGAUUUGUUUUACACUAGAGUUUUCCCAAGCAAGAUGUUUGAUGUUCUGAAGGAUGACUUUGACCACUACCUCAUCUUAGGGGCCCUUUUGGCUCUUACAGCAGCUGCUCUCAUCACUCGGAAGUUGGCACAGCGAAAGGCCCUCAAGCAAGCCUGGAAGUAAUGUGCAAGGCAAAGCACCUGACACUAGCAUUCAUUUUUGCACAUAGGAUGUAACCAUUAUUCAUGAAGCUAGUCUCUAGUAUUGUCAUCUGACAAGUUCCAUUCUUCUUGAUGUUUAAAUUUGAAUUAUUAUUAAUUUUUGUAUUGUUCCUCUCUGUCUCUCUCUCUCUCUCCCAUAUCCAUGAUCAUGGUUUUUGCAAUAUUCUCAUAUCUAUGUCAUUGUGAUCAUAUGGUAAGAAGAUCAUACGGUGUGUCAGUAUAUUGUGUAUAUAAAGUCUGCUGCUUUUUAUAAGGAGAGAUGUGUAUAUUUGUUGUAGAUGACGUUUUAACAUAUUAGACACAUUAUUCAAAAGGAGGUUUAUGUAUAUAGUCAGUGAUAGGAUUCUACAAAUUGACCUAAAAUGGUAAAAAUCAAGAAAAUGUUAUGUGCAAAGUUUUGAGGACAAUUAUUUAUAGAGAUAAAAGGUAUAAGAACUAGUAAAUCAGAAAGAGAGACUUGGAUUAUAUGCAAGUGAUCAUUGUAUAGUAAAAAUUGUGAAGUUGAUUUUACGUAUUACAAGUAGUAUGAUUCUCUUUGUGUGAUGUAUGCUACUUUUGUUGUUGAAGUUCAGUGACUGCAAAGAAAACGAGAGAAAUAAAGAUGAAUUACAUCAUUUCUGUACUAGGAAAUACAAAAGGCUAAAUACUGAAAGGUAAUGAAUAAGAUACGAGGUAUAGUAAUUGAAGCAUUUAUAUGCUUUAUAUUCCACCUUCAGUUUUAGUAUUUGCAAAGAAUCAUUCUUUGAUAUCACUAUUGUUUAAUUUUUUCAAACUUCUUGUAUUCUGUUAUAUUAUAGAAUUGUAGAUGUUAUUACUAGAUGUUAUUUCCUGUGGUAAUAAAACUAGUUAUUUUGUGUCCUUUUUUUUCUUUUUAUCUUAAACUGCUUCCCUUUUCUAAAGGUAUUGAAUGGUAAAUAAAUAUUGCAGAACCAACUCUGCACUACUUGUUCAGUAUUUAGAUUUAAUUUUGCUGUAUUUGAGAGUGUAUAGUUUCAUAAGUGAGAGUGUAUAAUUCCUUUAUAUAGUUUCAGAAUGUUUUCACUUCUUCCUGAAGAAAAUAUAAAGGCAAGGUAAAAGUAAAAUGGUUCUUGAGAGAAAAUUUCUUCAAAUGCAUUGCCCUCGUAUAAAAGUGCCUGAAUGCUCUGAAGUCUGAGAAUAAGAUGAAUGUAUUAAUGUUUUAAGUCAUCUUGUAUGAUAUGCAUCAUUUGUAUAUACACUGAUAAUAAUGUGCGUAUCCUAAUUAUCCAGAAAUGAUGGUGAAGAUAUUUAGAUGUCUAUAGCAGUCAUGUAUGUUCCUGUAGGAUUUUGUUUUUAUAGUUAUGUAUAUUUGGUCUCAUAACCCAUUCAACAUUGUGGUGAUGCCUGUGGUUGAGCCAAGAAUUCCAGUUUUUGCUUUUUGAAUAUCACAUUUUCUAUUGUGGCUCCAUUCCCUGUAAUGCUGUCUGAUUUCUGUAAGUUGUUUCUUGUAUGGAGUUAUCAUGAGACCUCAGGAUUAUUAUUUUUAUUAUUUUUUAAAUGUUUUGCAAUUUGAUGUGAAUAUGUUACUAUAUUUGCCUCACUUUGUUAAUUUCUCUGUUAAUAUUUAUUGUCUCUUUCAUACAUCAUUGCAUUUGUUUUUUGAUAAGUAGGCUAGAGAUGUAUAUUAUGUUUGAAAUAUAUAUAGCAGUGUAUAUGGAUCCGGAGCAUAAGGAAUGUAAAAGAAAAGUUUUUUUUAGUGAUGAUACCAGUUAUGUGCUAUGGGACUCUUGGUUGCCCAUCUUAUUCAGAAAUAUAUUUGGAUGUCAUGA